AUGCUUCAGGAUGAAGAAAGAAAAGCUCAUCACGUGCAGAUUCGAUUCAUUUGGUCUACAAUGACUCCCGUAUUUGACUAUGACUACGAUUGGGACCCAAAGCUGCGAGCUUCUAUGUGGAGUGAUAGUGGAUCGUUGGAAAUGGCUCAACUUCUAGGGCAUCCUGUAGUUGAUGGCUAUGAAUCGUGGGGAUUCAUCCAGGGUCUGCUUGACAUCUCUGGACAUGAAAGUAAGAAUUUCAUAUUCCGAGGUCCAAGAAUUCAUGCAUGGAGUGGCAAUCCGGAGCUGCACAGAAGUGAUUCUGUCUCGAUUUGGCUGGAAAAUGGAACCAUGAUCUCUGCCCGCAAGGAAGGUUGCGACAGGGAAGGGUAUGUCGUACACAGCGAUUGCACACUUCAUCCCAUGACGAAAUGUCUUCUGCCGAUCUUCCAGGAUGCCCAUAAGCAUGUGUUUGGAAGUGCCUCCACCAACUUCAGAGAGUAUCCGCUAGAAAUAUUCACUGGCGAUGUGGAGUCAUCACACGGUCUAAACACCCUCAAGGUUCUUUCUCGUAGCUGGAAAGGAUGGGGUCUAUCUCUAUCGGGAGAGAGGUCGGAUAUAGAGAACAUGCUGAUGAUGGUUAACGACGAACCAGAAAAUAAACGCUUAUCUGGAAGAUGCGAAAAAGUGAUAGCACUCUCGGAUACAUCGUGCGAAAACCCCAACGCAGUGGGUGGGAAGGGGAGUUCGCUAGCUGUAACCUUUCGACUACAGAGAUAUUCUAAAUGCCUAGAGGAUUUCAUAGUCCCUCGGGGAAUGUGCCUUACUGCUGCGGCAGGACGCGAUCACGCGAUAUCUACCCCUGCCAUUGCCAAUGCCAUCAGUCUCCUCAAAGAGACACGUGACGAAAAAAAAAUUCAAGCUGCAUGUGACGAUGUCGUCGAAGCUUUUCGGAAAUCGCAAGUCUUGCCGGAAUUACAGGGAAACAUUCAGGUUAUACUGAGAUCCAUCUUUGGACGAGAUUGGGAGAAGAUGUCAUUUGCCGUGAGGUCAUCUGCCUUGGGUGAAGAUGGGGAGGUGAUGUCAGCAGCUGGUCAGAACGAAACCAUUCUCGGUGUCGUCGGGAAGGAAAGCCUCAUGGAAGCGAUCCUAACAUGCUGGGCUUCUCAGUUCGCUUUCAGAUCCGUGACAUAUAGGAGGCAGCAUGGUCAAUCAGUGCAUGCGGAUAUGGGCGUCGUCAUCCAAGAAAUGGUGGCUGCAGAGGCAGCCGGAGUUCUCUUCACGUGCCAUCCUGUUUCUGGUCACCCUGGAUUCAUGAGCAUCUCGUCUAAUUUCGGCAUCGGAGAGACAGUCGUGUCUGCCUCUGCAGACCCCGAUACCAUCAUGGUCACGAGAGAUUCCGAUCGCUCGUUCAAGCUGGAUAGCGUUGAGAAAGGCGAGAAGCAGAAACGACUUGUAAUGAAGGACAACUCUCUCGUGGAAGAGGAAGGUGCAGAACGUGACCUGAUUUCCUUGUCCGAAGACGAUGCCAGGAGGCUUUGUAUCAUCGGAGAUUUCCUCCAAAGCGAAGUGGGAACCCCUCAAGAUAUCGAAUGGGCCAUCGCCGAUGGAGACAUCUUCAUCCUCCAGUCGCGACCCGUGACCACUCUUCAUUCCUGGUCGGAUCACGAACUCAUCCACGAAUUCGAUACGGGUCUGUUUACGGAUCACGAAUACACCAGUACGGGAAAUAUUGCGGAGUCUUUCCCUUGUGCUUUAUCUCCACUCGCCAUGACGUUUACCAUGAUUUCCAUCGAUUCGGCCUACCAGGAUUUAAUAUUAUAUCAACCAGGCCAUUUCUCCCCUACCUUCAUGAAAAGCAUCGUUUUCUCUCAUUGGAAAGGGUUGCUUAAUGUUGUGAACAUGCUAUUUAAGGAUCCUAAGGAAGAGAUCGAUCCCGCAAUACGAGCAUUUCAAAUCGUUAUCUUUGGCCGUCCAUACGAAGACAAGGAAAUGCACUCGAUAGCUUUAGAACGAUUCGGAGCGAAAAGCUCUUUUCGGAGAACUAGUGAGAUGCUCCGAAUUUUCAGUCAAUACCUGUUGUCUUCCCGGGCGAUGAAGAGAGCCAUUGCAUCUUACGGGUCAUUCGAUCUCCCUUUUGACCCGUCAAUGACGUCGCUGGAAUUAUACGCACUCAUGACUGAAUCGUCUCUGCACAUUCGGAACGUCGCGCGAGUGCACAUUGAUAUGACUUUAAUCACUGCCAUGUUUGAAGUGAUUAUGCUGAGUAUGCUGGCAAAAGGGAAUGUGGAUUUCAAUACAGAAAGCUACACGGACGCUGCGGAGCUUCUCCAAUGUGCAACGGACGUGGAGUCUGUGAAAAUACCGAAGACCAUUCGGAGGAUGUCGGUGCUUGCAAAGUCGAAGGGCCAGGAAUUUCUCAAGAUGUCUGUGGGGGAGGCCUUUAAGUACCUACAAAAGGACAAAGGAUCUCUUGGUGACAUGUUCCGAGACUUCAUGUCUCGGCACGGACACAGAUGCAAGCAGGAACUGGACAUCACGACUCCGUCCUGGCACGAAGACCCAAGCGAUAUCAUCAGUACGAUGCAGACGAUCGCGUCCGACCCGGAGACGAAAGCGGAAGAUAAGCAAGAAGACAAACAUCGAGACGUUGGCGUGAUCGUAGAUGGCCUGAAAACGGAGCUUUCAGACAAGGCCAAAUGGGUCCUCCGUCGACUGAUUCCGAUGUGCCGGAAUGCGAUCGGUCGCAGGGAGAUGGCACGCUCCAUGUUCGUCAGGUCGGUUAAAGUCGUCCGGAAUGUUGUGUUGGGACUCGCAAACCGAAUGGUUCGAGACGGGUACCUGCCUGAUAGGGAUCUCAUAUUUUUCCUAACCUGCUACGAGAUCGGGGAGCUUUUGAGGAAACAAACGCCCAGUCUCAUCCAAAGGGCUGCGAAACGUCGAAGGAUCUUCGCCAGAUUAGAUGUGCUCAAAUUUCCCGAGCUGAAUCGAGGCAUUCCGAUUCCCGAAAAUGAGGAAUCUCCCGAAUUCCUACCGGAUGACUCGAACGCGUUUAAGCUGACUGGAACCCCCGUGUGUCAUGGAAUUGCACGCGGCACUAUACGCGUCGUUGUGCUCCUCAAAGACGCUCACGAGAUCCAGAGGGGAGAUAUCUUGGUGACGUGUGGGACCGACGUCGGUUGGUCCCCUUAUUUCCCUGUCAUCGGAGGCCUGGUCACAGAGAUCGGUGGGCUCCUGUCCCACGGCGCCGUCGUUGCGAGGGAAUACGGACUUCCUUGCAUCAUUGGGGUUAAAAAUGCGACGAAAAUUGCGAAGUCGGGAACCAUCGGAAUUCUGGACAGUGGGAAAGGAACGCUUAUUAUGGAACAUUCUUGA